UUUCCUCCUUUCUCUCUUCCCUCUCUUUCUCUUCUCAUUUCUGCAACUUUCUGCAGAAAUUUUCUGCAGAGAGAGGGAGAGAGAAAGAGAGAAACCAAAAAAAAAAAAGGAAAAAAGAAAAAAAAAACCAAGCUGGUCAGAGAAAUAUUGAAAAUCACUAAAAAAAAAUAAAAAUUGACGCUUUAUUAAAGCAACCAAAAUAUAUAUUUUCUGGAUAAAUAUUGGUGGUUUGGAUAUUUAUCAACGUUUUUUCUCAUGCAAACAAAAGCCAAGAAAAAGGGUUUUCAUUUGCGUUAAAGAAUUGGCUUUUGAAUAUAAAGAGUACUUUUUAUGUGAUUAUUCCUCUCCAUUUUUUUUUUUAAAAAUGGAAGGAAUAUCUGAUAAUGUGCAUGGAGUUAUAUUAGCUAUAUCAUCCAGUAUUUUUAUUGGGUCUAGCUUUGUUAUUAAGAAGCAAGGUCUAAAGAAGGCUGGUGCAAAUGGAAAACGAGCAGGUUCAGGAGGCCACUCCUACUUGUUGGAACCUUGUUGGUGGGCUGGAAUGUCAUCUAUGAUUAUUGGAGAGGGAGCUAACUUUGCUGCUUACGCAUACGCCCCGGCAAUACUUGUGACACCCCUAGGAGCUUUAAGUAUGAUUGUAAGUGCAGUGUUAGCCCAUUUUAUUUUGAAGGAGAGGUUACAUAUCUUUGGUAUGGUUGGUUGUCUCCUCUGUUUGGUUGGCUCUGUCACUAUUGUCUUACACGCACCGCUAGAGAAGAGUAUUCAAUCUGUUAAGGAUGUCUGGUUCCUAGCAACAGAGCCAGGGUUCCUCGCCUACGCUUUCACAGUUAUGAUUCUAGUACUUAUCCUUAUUGUGCGGUUUGUGCCUCGUUAUGGGCAGUCACAUUUGGUUGUCUACAUUGGAAUUUGUUCUCUAGCGGGUUCUCUCACGGUUAUGGGUGUCAAAGCAAUUGGAAUGGCUAUGAAGCUCACAUUUGGAGGACAAAAUCAAUUCAAGUAUUUUGAGACAUGGUUUUUCAUAGUGGUUGUUCUCAUCUUUUGCCUUCUGCAGCUGAACUAUUUGAACAAGGCACUUGACACAUUCAAUACUGCAGUGGUUUCCCCUAUAUACUACGUCAUGUUUACAACACUGACCAUUGUUGCAAGUAUGAUAAUGUUUAAGGACUAUGUUCAUCAAAAUGCAACACAGAUAAUUACAGAGUUAUGUGGUUUUGUAACUAUCCUAUGUGGUACUUUUCUUCUUCAUAAAACCAAAGACAUGGGAAGCAAUCCAUCCAAACCAAUACCUGUUCUCCUUCCAAAAACGGACACAGAUUGUAAGCCAACAAAUGAAACCACAAAAGUUCCAGCUGAGGCUUGAAGGCAAAACUACUAGGAGAUUGUUCUUUAACUGCAUCAUCAAGAGAGUAUAAGCUUAGCGUUGGAAAGAGGUGAUGUUUUUUGACAGGUUGAAGCCAAUGUUAUACUAGGAAGAUAUUUCGAUAUGAUUCUUUUUUGUUAUUUUGAAUUUAGAAAGAUUUUACAGUGUGGAUACUGAUAUCGAAAUUGACAUGCUUCUUCGAAUUAUAUACACAGAUAAUAUGGAAACGAGUUGGACUUUUGUUGCUUCAGGCUAGCAUUUAUUUUGUGUAUAUAGGACAUUGCCUGUAUUGAGAUUCACUUGUUACUUUGUCUAGUUGGUUUUCAAUGUCUUUCACUCUUUU